AUGAAGUUUCUCUGUCUCCAUGGUGCUGGCACCAAUGAUGAGAUAUUCGACCUCCAAUCUGGCGGAAUACGCCACUCCCUAGAAGAAAACGGCCACACGUUCAGAUUCAUAAAUGGAGGAGUCCCAUCCAACCCCGAGCCUGAAAUCGCAAGCAUCAUGGACGGCCCCUUCUACACGCACUACACAGCCAACGCACCCCCAGGCCCCACCCUCUCCACAGCCCUCCAAUACACCCUCUCCAUAAUCGAAAAAGAAGGCCCCUUCGACGCCGUAAUGGGCUUUUCGCAAGGCGCAGCCCUCGCCUGCUCUCUGCUAAUCAACCACUCCCAAACCCAUCCCAACGAAAACCCGCUGUUCAAAAUGGCCGUGUUCAUCUGCAGCGCGACGACGUGGGAUGUGAGUAAUGGGUUGGAGGCUUUACAGCCGACUCCAGGGGAUUAUCCCGUGGGGAUUCCGACAGUGCAUAUUGUGGGGAAGCAAGAUCCGUUGUAUGCGGAGGGGAAGAGGAUGUAUGGGUUGUGUGAGCCUGGGAAGGCGGUGUUUUAUGAUCAUGGGUCGAGGCAUAUGGUUCCGUUUGAUUUGGCGAAUACGGAGAGGAUGGCGGGGAUUGUGGAGGAGAUGGUUGAGCAGGUGGAGGGUCUAUAG